AUGUCUGAUUAUGGCAUUAAUGAAGAUAAAUAUAAUAAAUUUCAACAAAUCUGUAGUGACUGCAAUAAUUUGUAUAUUUCGUUAUAUCAAUUAAAAACGGAAAAUGAAAAAGAAUUGCACUCGAUUUACGAAAAGAUCAAAACAAUUUUAAUUGAUUCAAAGCAAUAUUCACCUCAAAAUAUUAUAUGCGACAUUUUAAACAUUGUUCCGUAUAACAACCGCUACAUAAAGUCAUACUUGGAGCUAGCGAAACUCAUAUCUGAUGACUAUCAUGUAAAUGAAGUCACAAAUAUUCCCUACAUAUCUAAUUUCAUGUUUUAUAACGACUACGGAAUUAAAUUAUGCAAAAGUCAAGAUUUUAUGAAAAUGGAUAAAAAAAAUCACGAAAUUCUAAAAGAAAAUAAAAUUUGCAAAGCAAUUAUAAAUAAUGAUCGAGAAAGGUUCAUCUCAUUCACAGAAAGUGAAAGAUUUAAUGAAGAUAAAAAAAUUAGAACCCACUUACAUCCAUAUUCUUACAUAAAAUAUGGAAUCAAAUUAGAUAAAUCUGAGGAUUUUGAAAUAAUUAGUUCAGAAGAACUCGAAAUUCAUACAGAAAAUACGAUUUACAGAGCAAUUAUGUAUAAUAACUUAGAAACAUUUAUCCAAUUCACAGAAAUUGACGGAUUUGAUAAAAAUCAAACACUUAAAAGCUAUUUAUAUCCAAAAUCUAGAAAAGGAUAUUCAUUACUUGAAUUGUGUUGUUAUCACGGAGCAGUUGAUUGUUUCAAGCUUUUAAGAACGAAAUUUAACUCAAAAAUAACUCAAACAUGUCUAGAAUUUUCAUUUUUAGGAGGAAAUCCCGAUAUCAUGAGUGAAUGUUUGAAAUAUCAACAACCAGGUAAAGAAUGCAUGGAUUAUGCAAUCAUUUCACAUAACAUUGAUUUUGUUACAUUCUUAAUGAAUGAAUACAAUCUUAAGAUUGAUUUAGAAUCAUGCGUAAAAUAUAAAAAUCUUGAAUCAUUUUUUGUUGUUUUCGAUCAAACUAAUGAUGCUGAUAUUUGCUUUUAUUAUUCAAUUAAUUUUAAUGUCCCUUUGCUUUGUGAAUAUUUUCUUCCAUAUUGUUCAAAUAUCAACAAAAAAUAUAUAAAUAAGCAAACAGCUCUUCAUUCUGCAAUAAGAAAUCAAAGUGACAAUAUGGUCGAAUUACUUCUUUCACAUGGAGCAUGUGUCAGUGAAAAAGAUCUAUUUGGGAAAACAGCUCUUCAUUAUGCAGCAGAAUAUAACUGUGAAAGAAUAGCCGAACUUCUUAUUUCACAUGAUGCAAAUGUCAAUGAGAAAGAUAAUUCUGAACAAACAGCUCUUCACAUUGCAGCAGAAUAUAAUAGAAAAGAAACAGCCGAACUUCUUCUUUCACAUGGUGCAAAUGUCAAUGAGAAAGAUAAUUCUGAACAAACUGCUCUCCACAUUGCAACAUAUAAUAAUAGAAAAGAAACAGCCGAACUUCUUAUUUCACAUGGUGCAAAUGUCAAUGAGAAAGAUAGUAAUAGAGAAACAGCUCUUUAUAUCGCCACAGAAAAAAUUAUAUUGAAAUAA